AAAAAACGAAGCCUUUUUAAAGUCAAUCCCAAAUGCCUAAUUUGGGUAAUUUCAUAGCCGGCUUCUGCAGAAAGAGCUUCAGUUUCUUGGGUUCUUGGAUGUUGGAUUGAUUGGAUGCAGGAUAUCCAGUAACCGUUCUGUACCAUUCUUGAUCAUGCUCACCUUCUCCAAGAUUCAUGUUAACAUCGUCGAGGUUGCGGUAAUAAUAAUCUCUGUCUCCCUCAUUUCACUUCUCCCGUCGUUUUCUGCUGCAAUUCCUAUCAACAUUUGGCCAAAGCCAAGAAUUCUGUCAUGGCCUAAACCCGAAGCCUCUCUCCUCUCCCCGAAAUUCGCCAUCCAUUCUCCCAAACAUCGCUACCUCUCGACCUCUGUAACACGCUAUCACCGCUUGAUUCAGUCAGAGAACUAUCAACCCAUCGUUGCUACUACCCCUUCUUAUGUCAAACUUAUCAAAGGCUACACCUUACACAGCCUCACCAUCAAUGUUACCGAUCUUUCCGUCCCUCUUCACCACGGCGUGAACGAGUCUUAUAGUCUUUUGAUCCCAAAGGGCGGCUUUUAUGCCCACUUGACUGCUCAAACUGUUUGGGGAGCAAUGCGUGGACUGGAGACAUUCUCCCAGAUGGUAUGGGGGAAAGGUCGAUUAUAUGUUCCUGUGGGCAUUUUGGUAUGGGAUUCUCCUUUGUUUGCUCAUAGGGGAUUGAUGCUUGAUACCUCGAGGAAUUAUUAUGGAGUAGAAGAUAUAAUGAGGACCAUCGAGGCCAUGAGUGCAAACAAGUUGAAUGUGUUUCAUUGGCACAUUACCGAUUCCCAGUCUUUCCCAUUAGUGUUGCCUUCAGAACCAUCUCUUGCCGCAAAAGGCUCUUACGGACCAGACAUGGUGUACACUCCCGAGGAUGUCAGGAAGAUUGUCCAGUUCGGUUUCGAGCAUGGUGUCAGAGUUCUUCCUGAAAUAGACACUCCUGCGCAUACGGGAUCAUGGGCAGAAGCAUAUCCCGAAAUCAUGACUUGUGCCAACAUGUUCUGGUGGCCAGCUGAGAGCAGUUGGGAAGAAAGACUAGCGAGCCAACCAGGGACCGGACAACUGAACCCCUUGAAUCCCAAGACAUACGAGGUUGUCAAGAAUGUCAUACGCGACUUAACCACUCAAUUCCCGGAACCUUUCUUCCACGCAGGAGCUGACGAAAUUAUCCCGGGAUGCUGGAAAACCGAUCCUGCAAUCCAGUCUUUCCUCUCUAAUGGUGGAACCCUCAGCCAGCUUCUCGAGAAGUACAUAAACUCGACCUUACCUUACAUCGUAUCACGAAACCGGGUAGCCAUUUACUGGGAAGAUGUCUUGCUGGACGCCAAAAUCAAAGUGGAUUCAUCGCGUCUGCCUCGUGAAAACACAAUCUUACAGACAUGGAACAAUGGUCCUGACAACAUCAAGAGGAUUGUAUCUGCAGGGUACAGAGUGAUCGUGUCUUCAUCUGAGUUCUACUACCUAGACUGUGGCCACGGUGGUUAUCUAGGGAACGAUAGCCAGUAUGAUCAACAAGACGGUGGAGGUAACUCGGGAAAUGGCGGAUCGUGGUGUGCUCCUUUCAAGACAUGGCAAACCAUUUACAACUAUGAUAUAACAGAUGGGUUGCUCGGGGAAGAAGCAAAGCUGGUGCUGGGAGGGGAGGUUGCGUUGUGGUCCGAGCAAGCGGAUCCCACCGUCUUGGACGCACGGCUUUGGCCACGGGCUUGUGCAUUGGCUGAGUCGAUGUGGUCAGGGAAUAGGGACGAGAGAGGCGUGAAGAGAUAUGCCGAGGCGGUGGACCGGCUGAACCAGUGGAGGUUCAGGAUGGUGAACAGAGGGUUUGGUGCUGAACCUAUCCAACCGUUGUGGUGUUUGAAAAAUCCUGGAAUGUGUAAUACUGUUCAUAACGAAUUCACGACCAGUAAAAAUGAACCACAUGGGGGGACAAAGAAGAGAGCUGCAUAUAGUUUUUUGGUCUGAAAGGUAAGAGAAUCUGAAGCAAUCUGUAGUAAAAACACCCCCUUGAAUGUCGUCUUGUAAUAAGAUUCAGGGAUUUUGAUAACAGUAUUUUUGGUAUGCAUAGUCAAGUAAAGUUUUGGACUUUAUUUUUUCA